AACGCAACGUCGGUGUUGCCAAAACCCGAUACCAUGUAUAAACAUCGAUUUUAGUUCCAGCUCUAAGAAUUGCAUUACGCGUGAAUACCAAUGAAAAUCAAGAGGAAAAUUGAAAAAUACAGCCAAGCGGUGCAAUAAAGCGCAAACAGGACCAACCGUAGGACCAGCGAGCAAACAAGUUCGACAGAGCACAGAAACAAAGGACUUUGCACUGGGCGCCCCAAGGAGACAGCUGGCAAGUGAAGAUUAGAAGGAUCAGGAGCAGCGGGGACACGAUCAGGCGCAGCUACAACACCCGGCAGACAGCACAGCCACUGAGAGCGACGUGAACCAAUGGGCACCAACUCGGGAGCCACCGCUGGCAUCAACAACAAGCCUGUUGGCGGAGCGGCAGCAGCCGGCGUCCUGGGCGGAGGCGGCGGAGUGGGCGGUGCCAACUCCUCUAUCGGCGGCGUCCUGUCCAACAGCUUGGGCGGAGGCGGCAGUGGCGGUCUGAGCAUCAGCGGCCUGAACGCUGGUGGACAGAACGCCAAUGUGGGCGGCCUUGUCGGCGGCGGCGGAAUGGGCAACGUGGGCGGCGACGACGGCGGCAACGGAAUGGUCGGCGGCGGACCAAACAACCAGCAGGCCACCACGCCCCAGUACACAAUACCGGGCAUCCUGCACUUUAUCCAGCACGAGUGGUCGCGAUUCGAGCUGGAGCGAUCACAGUGGGACGUGGACAGGGCCGAAUUGCAGGCUCGCAUUGCAAUGCUCUUGGGAGAGCGAAAGUGCUUGGAGAGUCUUAAAUCGGACCUGACGCGCCGCAUCAAGAUGCUGGAGUACGCUCUACGCCAGGAGCGGGCCAAGUUCUACCGGUUAAAAUACGGCACCGAUCCACCGCAGUUGAACGAGUUCAAGCCUUCAAACGAGGACGCCGGACUGGCCGGGGAAGUGGCCACUGACUCGGAGGUGCCCUACAGCAGUGUCUCGAACACCACGUGGCGGCAGGGUCGCCAAAUGCUGCGCCAGUAUCUGGCCGAAAUCGGCUACACAGACAACAUCAUUGACGUGCGCUCGAAUCGGGUGCGUUCGAUCCUCGGCCUGAACAACAAUGCCGAGCACGACGGCAGCGGUGGAGGUCUGGGCGGAGGACUGGGCGGCGGCACCGGCGGCGAGAACCUUAGCCCGAACAUCAACGGGAACGAGAGCAACAAGCGCGCCUCGGAGACGGAAGGCCGUCAUACUCCCGCUAAAAAAGUGCAACAAUCGAUCGACGAAAUAAUCGUGGACACCGAGGCAGCUGUGAUGGCGAACUUUGAGUUCCUGGGCGCCACCGAAAUGUCCGACGACGACGAGAUAUCCGACGACCUGGAGAUGGUAGCCACCGACAAUGAUGACACGGAUGUGAAGCUGGCCAAGCGCUCCAAGUCUGGCAAGGAUAUGCUCACCGAGGAUCUUGAGGCCGAUGUGGGAGAGCAGCUAUUGAACGAUAUGAAUCUCAUGACCGAAGAGGUAGACGGCUCGUUGGGACUGGGCGAGCUGGCCCAGCUUACGGUAAAUAACGAAUCUGAUGGAGCCUACGAUGCAAACUCCAAGGACGGAACGGGCGGCAGUGCCGGCGGUGCUGGAUACCGCAAGACCUGGAACGCCAAGUACACGCUUCGCUCGCACUUUGACGGAGUGCGCUCACUUAUUUUUCACCCGGAGGAGCCGGUGCUGAUUACCGCCUCUGAGGAUCACACAUUGAAGCUAUGGAAUCUGCAAAAAACGGUGCAAGCUAAGAAGUCGGCCAGCUUGGAUGUGGAGCCGUUAUAUACUUUCCGGGCCCACACAGGUCCGGUUCUGUGCCUGGGAAUGUCGUCAAGCGGGGAGACCUGCUACUCUGGCGGCCUAGACGGCAACAUCGAGUGCUGGCAGUUGCCGUCACCGAACAUUGAUCCAUACGAUUGCUACGAUCCGAACGUGCACUCCGGCACUCUCGAGGGGCACACGGACGCCGUGUGGGGCCUUACCACCAUGCAGAGCAACAUUGUGUCAUGCUCGGCGGACGGAACGGUUAAACUGUGGUCGCCCUACAACAAAGAGCCGCUGCUGCGCACCUACACGGCCUCCGAGGCGGAGGGUGCGCCCUCCUCAGUGGACUUUGUGCGCAACGAGGUGGACCACAUUGUGGUUGCGUACAACAGUGCCCACUGCAUUGUGUACGAUACGGAGACGGGCAAGCAGGUGGUGCGGCUGGAGGCGGCGCAGGAGAUGUCUGGCAACACGGGGAAGUUCAUCAACAAGGUGGUGUCACACCCUACCCUUCCCAUCACGAUCACCGCGCACGAAGACCGUCACAUCCGCUUCUGGGACAACACCUCCGGCACACUGGUACACUCGAUGGUGGCGCAUUUAGAGCCGGUAACCUCGCUGGCCGUUGAUGCACACGGUCUGUAUUUGCUCUCCGGCUCGCACGACUGCUCGAUACGGCUGUGGAACCUGGACAAUAAGACGUGCGUGCAGGAGAUCACGGCACACCGUAAGAAGUUCGACGAGAGCAUAUUCGAUGUGGCUUUCCAUGCCACAAAGCCGUACAUCGCUAGUGCCGGGGCCGACGGUCUCGCGAAGGUGUUCGUCUAAAAAAAACCACACCCUCCCUGGCCACGGUGGAUCGAACGAAUUCAGAAUUCGGUAUCCAGAGUGCAGAUGCAGAUGCCACAGCCAGCAGCUCACAGCUAAGCGAUUGCGAGUUCGAGUUAAAUAAUUAUACAUACAAUAUAAAUAUACUAUACAUUUAAAUUUAAUUAUACUUCGACCGAGAACAACAAACAAUUACGCAUACAACAAUAAGAAAGAAGGAGAAAAGCCACAAAAAACCAACACUGAAAACAAACGCUAUAAAGUAACAAAUAUAAAUUUAAAAUGUGAAACGGCAUUUCGAGAGGAGCAACAGAGUCAAGUAACAGACCAGAGUCGCGUAAUUUAGGAACGUAAUUCUAAAGCAAUGCAUAAUGCGGCAUAUAACCACAACUAAGUGCAACACAUAAAUAUUAUGUAUUUGUUAAAAAUAACACCGUAGCAAUGAAAGAGUUUGAUCUUGUUGUGAAUCUCCCAAAGUAAGGAAUCAACUCAAGAUCGACCCCUUCAGUUUUAGUCUUAUUAGCACUUGCACAGCGAUUGUUCGGUAACACGAGUUUGCCUAUUAAUCAGUCGGACAUCCUGUACAUUUUAUAUAAAUACACAAAUACACACAUACUUAUUCUACGCCCAUGGCAAAACUUGGAAGUGGAUAGUCUGCCCUCACAUAUUCAUAGGCACUCUCGCUGUGCAAGUGCCAGGACACGUUUCCCUUUCUGCAGAGCGAAUGAGUGCGUCCUGUAGGAAAGUGUGGUGAAACGUUUACGUGACUAUGUAGACGAUCAAAUUAUGUAGACUAAGCAAGGCAUAUACAUAUAACCAACAAUAUAACCCGACCCCAUAUUAGCGAAAGAGCGAGACAAAUUGUAAAUUAACAUUAAUUAGAGGACAGUCGAGGCGGGACUAGGAUGAAGGCGGGUUUAUUUAUCAAGUAGCGAGUCGGAAACGCAACCAGAAAAAAACUGAUGUGAAACGAAACCUUACAAAUUAGUACAGGCAGAACGCUUCUAUAAUUUCUAUUGUCAUUACCAAGGCAGUACGCAAUGCUUAAUGAACCACGACCAUGUGAAGAUGAGAUAUAAAUAAUAAUUGCAGGCAAGCUAUAAAAUGUAUGCUAAGCUAUUUAUUUAAUUUAUGCCUAGUAUUAAACGAGUGAAACAAACAAAAUGUUGGCGCCAAUCGCUAAUCCAAUGGAUUUCGUAGUUGAAUAUACAAUAGAUUCGCUUACCAUGAUGCGUUACUCGUAAAUUUAAUCAAUAAAAUCCACGUUGAAUGAACAAAUUUAGAUAUGUGACUUGAACGUGAAAACCGAGCAACUCAAUAUUAGUUUUAGUAUUACCAAUUAUUAUAAUUAUACGUGAAGCUCUUCACCUCCCCGCUCCACACACUUUUAAACCUAAACGAUGAUAUUCGAAACCGAUGAACGAGGAAUGAAUCAAAAGCGAUUGCGAUCUGUGUACACCAAGCAAACCCUCUAUUAUUUUAAUUACGUAUUUUAAUUUACUCAUUUGUUACAAUCGAGAACCCGAUUCGCCUUUGGAUCCCUCAGAGGUCCAAAACUCUGAUGAGCCGAUGAUAAUGGUAAUAGUAGGAGUGGUUGCAAAGCAAACAACUACUCACAAUUAUAUAGCAGAUUUUUACAUUUACAUAAAUCUCUUGAUUUCUAAUUUUAACUGUAAAUUUUUGAUUUUUUAUUACCAUGUAUUUUUACUUUAAAUAAAGUUUUACAAAAAGAA